GGAGCUGUUUUCCCCUGAAGUGCAAAAGCCAUUCAUAUCAUCUAUAUAGAUCAAAUGUAUGAUUGACAUUUGAUCAUUUGCUUUGUAUAUUUCUUUUUUUGAGAUUUGCUUUGUAUAUUUCAGGAACAUGAACAUUCAGGAGACAAACCCGUCUUGUUACUCUUGUUGCUGUAAGGAACACCCUUGCUUCUGUCCGUACCAUUUAACUUGUUUGGAAUCAAUGCUGAUCAUAUAUGUUUUCCUGAAUCUGCUGGAUAUGGUGGCCUACUGAUUUGUAUUUCUAUUUGUUAUGUGUUAUGUACAUGUUAGGUAAAUUGUAUGUCGUGUCCAUGUAUGCUAAACAUAAUCUGUGGUACACAGGUUCCAUGUAUUUUGGGUGUAAAUUUGACAGGGAAAGAUCUCAUGGAAUUUAUCCAGCAGCUUGAUGAGACUGAUGGGUCGUCAGCUAUGCCCCCAGCAGUUCUCCGAAUUCUUAACUUCAAAGCUUGCGGAGGGCCGACCAUGUUUGGUGACCUCUUGCUACCAUCCGAAUGCUUGUGCUCAUGGGCGGCCGACCACACGGUGCCUAUAGUGAACGUCGCAUCCCUCCAUGGCGAGCUGGCGAGGCACCAAAUGCUGAGCGGAAGGCAGGCGGAGACCUGGUACGGCUUGGCGCACCAAGAGCCCAGCCUUGAGCGCGCUUAGAUGCGCCUCAAACAACUGAGAAAGCUGCGCCGUGGCCUGUAGCUGUAGGACCAUAUCGAAUGGUUGAAGUCAGAUAAAAGGGAGCGUGAUUUGUACAAUUUGUAGAGGAGUGGAAUUCCACUGUGCUGUAGUACCAUUGUACAUACGAUAGACAUUCCUUCCUGACGAGGAGAUAGAACGGCGCCCAUCACCUGACAAGCGACUGGGAUUUGCCAUGGCGUUGUUGUAAACUGUGUACGUUCUGGUUUGUUAUAUCAAAUUCAUACCAUUCCUGAUCUGUUAA